GAAAACUAAAAAUAUAUUUAACAUAAUAUCUAUAGGCACAAUUAUAUUGUAUAUUUUAAUUAUGUGCAUGUGCAUGUGCAUAAUAUAUAGCGUUAAAAAAAAUGAAUGUCUGAAUUUUUCACGUAUUCUCGCGUUCGUGGAGGAAAACCCAUUCAUUAAAUUCAGAAGCCUUUCUUUCUUAUUGUUUCCGGGCAUAAUGUCGGGAGGCGUCGCUACACGAAGUUAAUAAAUUCUUUUAAAUAAAGUACAUUCGAGGGCGAAAGAUGUCGAAGUUCGACGACCGACACGCACAGAUUCUCGAUGAGCAAUUUGAGGACAUCUUGUAUCGGGUUAAACCAUAUCUGUUGAAUUUGGCGAUAUCAAGCGACUCCCGUCAUUGCCGGCUUUGGCUUGAGCGUUUCGACCAUGCCGAGGACCAGCGCAGCCUCAGGAAUGACUAUCUACUGGAGCUUUAUCGACAACUGAAAAAUGGUUACCUGAGAGUGCCUUUCAAUAAACCGCCAGAAAACGGCAGGCUUGUGCCUCUCUCAAAGUUCCAUCGUUUGGUACACGCCACUUCGUUAUUUUAUUACCGAAUCCCCUUCAACCACAACCUAAAAUGCCAUUGUACCAUUUUUAAUUUGUGGUAACGAGUUCGUCGUGUAACGAAUUAACGGAGACGAGUCCCUCUCUUUGCGAACCACAGCGCAGUUGGCCCAAG